AACCAAACCAAUUAGUCUUGCAAUUGCAUAAUUCUUCAACACACAUAAAAGAAAAAACAACAACAUGGGUGUUGGGAUCAUUGUGGAUGAGCAUGUGUCUUCAAUCUCUGUCGAGAGGCUAUGGAAGGCAGCCAUUGUUGACGGUCACAACCUUGUCCCUAAGCUUCUUCCCAACAUCAUUUCAAGCAUUGAAAUCCUUGAAGGAGAUGGAGGAGUUGGCACCAUCAAGAAGUUAAACUUCACAGAUGAUGUCAUGGGUGCUCAGUACAUUAAGGAUCAAGUGGAGGUGAUAGACCAUGAGAAGCAUAUAUUCAAGUUAUCUAUCAUUGAAGGAGGCCUUAUUGGUAUAAAGAUGAAGUCUUAUGUUUAUGAGGUUUCUUUUACAUCAACUAGUGAGGGAGGUUCUUUGGCCAAUCUGAAAAUAGAUUAUGAACCAUUAGAGGAUGCUGUCCUGCCAUCUGAAGAAGAGAUCAACAACAUCAAGCUAGCUCAUAUUGCAAUGGUUAAGGCUGUGGAUGGGUAUCUCUUGGCCAACCCAGAUGCUUAUGCUUAAUUCCACCAAUAGGGUUUUGCACUAAUUUGCUUCUGUUUCUCCAUCUUAUUGUCUUUGCCGAUCUGGGAUUUGAAUAAUCUGCGAGUGUCAGACAACAACAAGUAAUUGAUGUUGGUAUGGUGUGUUUGAAUUCAUGGUGUGUAACUCCAUUUGGGAUUGUAAUGUUUGCUGUGUAUUUUGAAUUGGUUUAUGUAUUGAUUCAGAAUAAUGAGCACAAUGUGCCAAUUUUAUGCAUCUUUAUGAAUUUCUAGGUUUCAAAGUUCUA